CGCACUCACUGCCAAACCUGUGUUGGGUGGGUUUAUCGUUAACCUCCUGUGAGUUGUGGCUGUGGCUGUGGUUUCUUUUAUUAUCUCAUUCAAAUGCUUCCUCUGUAUUCUCUUUCACUCCACAAUAAACCACCAUUAUCCCUGCACCCAUUUUCUCUCACAAACAAACUUAAAACACACAUUUCUGAAUUGCCAGUGCCUGGGAAUGGUGUUUUCAAGAAGAAGAAAUCAAAUCCGUAUUACAAUUCUUCUUCAUCAUCUUCUUGUAUUGUUUAUGCGGCGGAGAAGGAGUCACAGCAAUUUGACGUAGACCCAGAUAAGGCCAGAGAAGCUCUUAAAAAUCUUGACCAGCAACUUCAAUCUCGCUCCCAAAGACAAGCCCGCCCUCCAAGGCAAAAGGCACCGGAUGUGAGUUUUGCAAGAGAUCAAACAGAAGAUGAAGAAGUUCAGGAAUUUUCAGGAUCUUUCUUUACAAUCACGGCUGUUGCUGUCUUUGCUUUCACUAUUUUCUAUAAUGUGUUGUUUUACAAUGUUAUAAAACCAUCCAUAGAUGGACCAGAGCAAGCUCCAACCACAAUUGUUCAACGAGAAAUCCCAAAGUAGCAGUUUUGAGCCCCUGCAGGAAAUUUAUGUUCAACAAAUAAACAGGUUCUGGUUUGAGUUUUGUAAAGGCAACUUCCUGACAGAAAUGUAGUUUAUGUAAAAACAAUUCUGAGAAAGAAAAAAAACAAACUUAUUUUAUUUCUCAUUUUA